AGAUCUCCCUGCUGCCCGACGCGGGUGCGAAUUCCAGCAGCUGGGGAGGAGGCGGCGGCGGCGGCGCCGGCUGGCCCCGGUUCCCCUCCGCCGCCUCGGCAGUCCGAGGUUGGCGGGGAGAGAGAGGCCGGGCAGCCCCUACGAGGACAAUGCACCCGGUGCUGGGCCACCCUCGCUCGCUCUCGUCCGCCUCCUUCCCGCCGCCUCCCGCCGCCGCCCGGCUGCAGCCCCUCUUCCUCCGGGGGGGCUCCUCCCGCGGCCGGAGAGGCUCGGGCGACAGCAGCACCAGCACCAGCACCAGCCGCGGAGGAGGCGGCGGCAGACGAGGCGGAGGCGGCGGCUCGGCUAGCAGCAGCACCGGCGCCGAGCGCGAGGACGACGACGAGAGCAUCAGCAUCAGCAAGCCCCUGGUUCCCGCCGCGCUCCCGGGGCCCCCGGCUCACGGGGGAGCCGCCGCCGCCGACCCCACGCCCGCCACCUUCUCCUCCGCCGCCACCUCCUCCACCUCCACUCCCACCUCCUCUUGCAGCAUGACCGCCGGGGACUUCAGCGUGGGUGCCGGGGCCGGGCCCGUCGGGGGCGCCGGGAGCCGCUCGGCGGCGGGCGCGGGCGGCACGGGCCCCGGUAGCGGCGCCUCCUGCUGCUCGUGCUGUUGUUGUUGCGGCCGCCCGGCAGGGCCGGGCCGCAGGGGUCGGCGCCGUGGCUGCGCGCCUAGUCCCGGGUGCAGCUGGGGCUACCAGGCGCUGUCUGUGGUGCUGCUACUGGCGCAGGGCGGUCUGCUGGACCUGUACCUCAUCGCGGUCACUGACCUGUACUGGUGCUCCUGGAUCGCCACCGACCUGGUGGUGGUGGUGGGCUGGGCCAUCUUUUUUGCCAAGAACAGCCGGGGCCGUCGGGGUGGCUCGGUGGGCAGCGCACACAACCACCACCAGCUCCAUCACCACCCGGCGCCGCCUCUGCACCUGCCGGCUGCCUCGUCCUCUGGCGCCGCGGCCAAGACCCGCAGCGGCCGAGGAGGCUCCAGCGGCCUGGGGGGCGGCUCUGGGGCGACCGGGGCAGCGGGCGAGUUCGCCUUUGCCUACCUGGCCUGGCUUAUCUAUUCCAUCGCCUUCACGCCCAAGGUUGUGCUCAUCCUGGGCACCUCCAUCCUGGACCUCAUCGAGCUGCGCGCGCCCUUUGGCACCACGGGCUUCCGCCUCACCAUGGCGCUGUCGGUGCCGCUGCUCUACAGCCUGGUGCGUGCCAUUAGCGAGGCGGGAGCGCCCCCGGGCUCGGCCGGCCCCCUGCUCCUGCAGCCGCAGCAGCACCGCGCCGCGGGCUGCUUCCUGGGCACGUGUCUGGACCUGCUCGACAGCUUCACGCUAGUGGAGCUGAUGCUGGACGGCCGCGUGCCGCUUCCCGCUCACCUGCGCUACCUGCUUAUCGCUGUCUACUUCCUCACGCUUGCGUCCCCGGUGCUCUGGUUGUAUGAGCUCAACACCUCCGCGGUAGCGGCUCCAUCCUGGGGCCAGGCCCCCGGGCCCGGAAGCUGCAGCCGCCUUCUGCGCUUGCUGGGAGGUUGCCUGGUGGAUGUGCCCUUGCUGGCGCUGCGCUGCCUCCUGGUGGUGAGCUACCAGCAGCCGCUGUCCAUCUUCAUGCUCAAGAACCUUUUCUUUCUUGGCUGCCGUGGGCUGGAGGCCCUGGAGGGCUGCUGGGACCGGGGGAGUUGGGCUUCCCCAAGUCGGGCCAGAAGCAGCUACGGUGCUCCUCCAUCUGCCCCACCACCUCCUCCACCACCACCACCUCAGGGAGGCUCCCAACGGGGCCACUUGGAAAAUGAGGGGGGGCCUCAUGGCUAUGUCAACACCCUGGCUGUGGCCUCUCAGAAUUGAGGGGGUGAAGGGCAGGAGCCCUGACCUUGGGUUGAGGGUUUCCAGCCCUCUUGGCCUCUGACCUCUUAACCAGGAUCUGAUCAGGCUGUAUUGAGAAGAGGUAACUGGUCAUAAGACUGAAGGCCAGUGAGUCCUUCUGCACCCCAUGGGUAAAGACUGCUUGGAGAGAGACCAGGAGUGUGUGGUGAGGGAGGUGGGUCCAUGUCCCCCAUGCUCCCUUCUCCCUAGUCUUCCCUAUUCUGAUAUCCAAGGGGCUGGUUAAAUACACCACCUGCUUUUUUCUUUUGUCUCCAUUCUGAUUCUCAUCAGUUGUGAAGAAGAGUGGAGGAAAGAGGGUGAUCAGGCUGGGAUGGGGGCUUUGGACCUUCACUCACUGCUUUUGGGCUGUGGUUAGUGAUCAUUGCUCAAAAUCCAUCCUUCCUCUGACGUAUCUAUUCCAGGAGGUAGCUGUAUGUGUGUGUGUGUGUGUGUGUGUGUGUGUGUGUGUGUGUGUGUGUGUGGUUUUCUCUGUGUGUCUGUCCCACGCCCCUUGCAGUGGGAAGGGGAUCUGGGGAGGCCUUGCUGCUCACCACAUUUGCCACCACUUUCCUCUUAUCUGCCUGAAUUUAUGACCACCAUCCCCAGGAAAUACUAGGCCCCUGGGAGCUGCUUAGUUGCUGUACUCCAAGGGAGAAGCUCACCCAGGGUCUUCCUCCUGCUCCUCUCAUCUCAUCUUGGGGAGGAGACAGUUCACACUCUAAAGACCAAACAACACCCUUUCUUGGGUGAGUGAGUAUUUCUACCUCCGUACUUUCAACUUUUGUUGCAUCACACACUGAUGCUACUCAUAAUAAUAAUAAUGAUAAUAAUUAAUAAUAAUCACUCAGAAGUUGUAUUCAGCGGGACACUGGAUCCCUUUGGGGUUUGGUGCCAGUUAUUACAGGGUCUGUGGAGUAUUCGCCAUUGGCUUGCUCUCUUUUUGUUCCUCCCUCUGCACCAGAAUGCUUAUCCUUCCUGUGUUGGUGCAGGUUGGACCAGAACUGGAUUCAGAGUAACUGCUUUAGUGAGUUCCAUAUGUACUUGAGGUUGGGCCUCUUGGGGACCCAAGAGAGUCAGACACCCAGUUCCCUAUCUUCUCCAAGAAACUUGGUAUAGAGCAGAGACGGUAGUGGUGACCAUCUCUGCUCUCCUUGAAGUCCUCACUAGGCAGAACUCAGGCUGCAGAAUCCCUUGUCUAGUCUUCUUCCCCUGCCCCCCAGAGUCCUAUUAAGAUGAGAGGGGACGUCAGAGGUGGCUACUCUGGUCUCGAUGUGGGUAGUCACUCUUGGAGUCUCUGAGGCAGGAUACGUAUCUAGAGGGGAGGUAAGAUUCAGAAAGCAUAGAGAGCAAAGCCACGCUGUACUCAGUCCCCCACCCCAAUGGGAUUGGGUGGGGGUAAAACCUUAAGAAUUUUUGGUUCCUCUUUCUUCUGCUUUGGGGGUUUCAUGUAGUGUAGUGAGCCCAGACACGGCAUAACUAGAUUUGAGUGCCAUGCCAUUUUUACUUUCUAGGCCUCAGUUACUUUUCUUUGAGUUUAGGACUUAGAAGCCCUGGUCAUAAUGCUGCCAUAGAGGCGAGGAGACAUCUCUGCUUCUGCCCUGUGUCUGGCCACAUGCUGGAAGAGCAGUAGGGAGGGCUGCCAGGAUCUGGGGGUGAACACUGCAGGGCCUGUUGCUGCUGGCCUUCCCUAGAGCUGCCAGCACAGAGCCAGCUUUGCUGAACAACCUGAAGUGCCAAGUCACUGAUUACUAACCCAGCAGCCAGUCCCCAGUCCCUCAACCCCUUUGGUUCUGCUAGGAUCUUCUGAGAACCGGAGGCUGGUCGGGGGCUUUUCUUAACUGCCUUGGCUUUUGGGCUGAGGAUAUCUACGUACACAGAAGUGUGAGGGGCUGAGCUUGGCUAGAGCACUAGGGGCCUGACUUGCUCUUAGAAUAGGCCUUGUGGGAAAUGUUUACAGUCAGCGUACCCUAUGCUCUUGGUCUCUCAUCCUCAGCCAGUGCUGGCUGGCUGCCUUUCACAAUGCAUCCUGCCUUCUCUCUUCGAAGUGGCUGAUUCCUCUUCCUCAGAUUGGACUCCAGGCCCUGGGCCUAGGUCCUGGAUGGGGGCUGUAACUGCUCCCACCGCUCUCCAGCUUUGCUGUUUCUCUGCUACCUAAUCUCAAUGACUGUGAAAGGACAUGUCUGAGCCAUGGCCAGCCUUGGCUGGCCCCCAACCCACCCUCUUUCUACUAUCUGGAUAACUAUCCCCCUGCUGUGUGAUUGCUAUCCCCUGCUGAGUGACUGCUUAUUGGGUUUAGGAUGAGAGGUUGCCCUUUCCCUGAUGCAUCAAGAGACAUGAUCACAUGGCCACUUGUCACAAAGGCCAGGAUGGCAAGGUGCUAGUGUGGGCCCUACAUACCUCCAGCAUCCUCUUCAACCUUUCUAGAGCAAGUAUAUAUGCUCAGGGGCCUGGCCCUUCCUUCUGGUGUUUUUCUUGGGUCUUUUCUCUCAUUUUUCUGUCCCAUUUGCACUAAGAAAUGACCCUUAAGGCUCCCUCCCUGUCCCCCCUCCCCCCCCUUUUUU